CUUACAUAUAUAUUUGCACAAUAUAUAUCUAUCUCACACCUAGCUAGCAUGACGGCAUCUUCUUCACAAAUCACAAUACCUUUAAUUUCCCACCUCCCAACACUUUCUAUUUCUGCCUUCUUCAGUGUUUUCAGUUCCUUCACCAUACCCUUAACACUCACUCUCUACAUAAAACCACAGUACUCUCCAAGUCCAUCUCCAUCCCUCUGCCCUAAAACCACACAAAAAGGAAACAAAAGACACAUGGAAAUCGAUCACUUGAAGUACUCCUCCUCCUCCUCAUCACCUUCCACCGACGCCGACGACCAAUCAAUGCUCAUCAUGAUGAACAAACAACAACACCUCCCCGACUACUUCUACUCAUCGGAAUUCCCCAUUUUACCCUCCGACGACUUCCCCGCCGGUGCAACUCCCUACCCACAUUUCCUCCACCACAGCAACGAGUUUCCUUCCACCACCCUAUCCUUCUCCCCCAAUAACGACGACCACCAACCCGUCUCAUGGCGGGAUCUCAUGACCGCCGAGGCAGCCGCCGCCGGCGCUCAUCACAACGGCGGGAUGAUGCAGAAGAAGGCGUCGAUGGCGGCGAUGAGGGAGAUGAUAUUCCGCAUCGCCGCCAUGCAACCGGUCCACAUCGACCCGGAGGCCGUCAAGCCGCCCAAGCGGCGGAACGUCCGGAUCUCCAAGGACCCGCAGAGCGUGGCGGCGCGUCACCGCCGGGAGAGGAUCAGCGAGAGGAUAAGGAUCCUCCAGCGGCUGGUCCCCGGCGGGACGAAGAUGGACACGGCGUCGAUGCUCGACGAGGCCAUUCACUACGUCAAGUUCCUGAAGAGCCAGGUGCAGUCCCUGGAGAGAUCAGCUCGGCCGCCGGCGGCGGAGGGGAUGCACGCGCCGGGUGGCGGCGGUGGUGGUGGGAUUGGAUUCCCUGUGGCCAUGGCCAGCGGGAGUUAUGUUGGUGUCGUGGGGAAAGGUGGUGGUGGUUAUCAUCAGACGACGUCGCAGCAAGAUAUUCCACACUACGGGAAUGCUUAAUUUGACUGGGAUAAGAUUUAAGUACGUACAUUAGUCGUUGAUUAUGGUUUUCUCUUGUGAUAAUAAUAAUAAUGAUGAACCUUCUUUGUGGGGACAGUGCCAACUUGGUAGAGAGUGGCCAAUUGUUAGGCUCCACGUGUGAGAUAUAUGAAUGCAUGGGGAAUUAUUAUUAUUGGUGGAAUAUAUUAUCUUGACUGUA